UUGGUGUUUGUCUUCUUUUGUUUUCAUGCAGGUCAACCAUAGUGUAGCUGUCAGUUUGCUCUCAUCUUUCACAUACCCAUGUGUGUUAGAUGAUGAGUGAAGAUGAAAAACCUUUUGUAUGUUCAUCUCCAGGAUGUGGGAUGCGAUUUACCAAUGAAGAUCACUUGACUGUACACUUGAAGAAACAUGAGAUGUGUUUAACCUUAAACUCUGGCAGCAACAAUAGAACACCGAACAAUUUAUUUUUAGAUCAAACACCGACCCCUACCAAAUUUCUUAAGAACUGUGAAGAGAUUGGAUUAUUUCAAGAUUUAACUAAGAACCCCUUUGAAGAAGCUUUUGCUGUCCCCUUACCAGGUCCACAUUCCAAUGAAGUACUCAAUACCCCCGUGGUCUCGAGACCACACAAAAUUGUGGAAACUCUCAAAUUGGAGAACGAGGACAUAGAAAUCCAAGUAGCAGAUGAAUCGUCAAGAAGCAGUGUGGUUCAGCAACAGCAGCAACAACAGCAGCAGCAGCAGCAGCAACAGGAGAGCGGUCAGUCCAGCCAUGGAUUGUCCAUGGGAUCGCCUCCGGCUUCGGCCUCUGUCGCUGUUUCUGCAACGCAUUCCAUGCCUCAGCCCACGUCGACCACUUCGGAUGACGACGGGGUCAUGUCAACGACAUCACAGCUUGCAGACAGUUCAGUGCAGUCAACGACGGAAGGCACCGCCGUCAGUAGUACAACUACUACUCUACCCACAGUCAUGCACACUACUGCAGCUCCCAUGUUGUCCCCCAAUAUUAUCUCAUCUGCUCAGUAUACAAUGCAAGUGUUCUUGCAGUUACCUACAGGACAAACUGUUCCUGUACAGAUCCCUGCCACUAUUACGAACUCUGCCAUGCAGGUAGCCUCUAUACCUGUCCCUGCCAUCUCUCCCAAGUCCUCUACAGCAACUCCUAUUUCAGUUGCUGCUGCUUCUGCUGUCGCCACUACUUCCUCAUCACCAGGGCUUAGUCAGCCAUCAUUAGCUAAGCAGAAAUUGAAAGCUGCUUUACAAAGUAGUCAGAAUGUCCCUCAAGACUUGACCACUUCCAACAACAGUCGGUUGGUGGAUUCGGUCAACCACGUCAGUCAAAUAGCAUCACCGUCGCCGUCAUCCAUGUCCAUCAUAACGGAGACAGCAAGUGUUACAUCUGAUGCUACAGUUUCAUCACCAGAGAGUCUGGAUGCUGCUAUUAUUGGUGGUAGUGGUGUUGUCAUUAAGAGACCUAAAAGGUCAGGAGAAGACGAACCUGAUGAAAGACGACGGAAAUUUCUUGAAAGGAACAGAGCUGCUGCAGCCAGGUGCCGGCAGAAGAGGAAGCAGUGGAUAACCGACUUAGAGAAAAAAGCAGAAGAAUUGCAGAAUACCAACUCAAGAUUACAGAGUGAAGUAAAUCUUUUACGUACAGAAGUGGCUCAAUUAAAAUCAUUAUUACUUGCUCACAAGGAUUGUCCUAUUACACUACAACAAAAAUCAAUGGGGCAACUUUCCAUACAAGCAGGUAAGCGGCAUGUUUUCUUCUGUCUUUUUAAAAAGAAUUUAUUAGCAAACAAACUCACAUUGUUAGACAUUUCUUCAGGGAAAUUAAAGCAAUAAUGAAAUGAGGAGGUG